AUGGCAUCCAAGAACCUGUAUCUCCGCCGCAUGACGGCAGAGAGCGCCGCCAAGGCCUGCUGGAUAUGCUACAAACCGACCUCCACUGUUCUGAUCACGGAGGCUCAGGAUGACUGGUUCAACAUCUGUCCGGGCCAUCUACAGGACGCCAAAUUUGCCAUAGCAAAAGAUGCCGAGGACCUGGAGAAGCGCCGUCGCGAAGAGGCCAUCGAGAAGGAGAUUGCAGCUGUGAAGAAGGAAUACGAGGAGAAGAUGAAGGCGAAGAAAAAGAAGAAGGAUGGCAAGAAAGACGACGAAGAGAAGAAGGACAAGAAAGAUGAUGAUGUCGAAAAGUUGGAGAAGGAACAGGAUGAAAAGUUAAAGGCUCUUGAGGGGAAAAAGCAGACGGAGAAGCCCACUGUCGAUGGCCCCAGAAUAUUUGAGCUACACAAGCAGUUCUACAACAUGCGACUGCAGCGCAAGCACAAUGCUCAAGCGGCGAAGAGGACGCAAGAGCGUCUCCGGAAUCCAAACGCGUUUCCAAGCGUUCCCAAGGACCUGUGA